UCCUAAACAAUACCUGUAAGAAAUGAGAGCCCAUCAAUCUACCUCAAAGUUGUCUUAGCCAUUACCUUGUGUCAAAUAGAAAAUAUGUCUUCUGGGAAGAAUUGUCUAAAUCCCCUGUGCUAUUUUUGUUCCCAACUGGCCUUUUGUUUUUUCUGUCUCUUUUUAUAUCCCUGUGUUUGUUGUGUGAGGUCAUUCCCCCUGUCUCCCCUAAUCCCUCAUGGUGGUCAUCUUUCUGUCCCAGAGUUCAUAUCUAAUCCAUCCAUGGUCCUAUGCCGUAGAUGCUAACACCCUCCAUCUGUCCCUGUCCUCAUAUAAAAACGACUCAUUGUCCCGCAUUACAAAGCUCUCAUAACUUGUAGGACUCUCCCCUCAUCAUCCUUCGUGUCCCAGGGUGUCAUCCUUUUCUGCUGUGAACCCAUCCCACCAUCACCAAAAGUUUCACCAUGUCUGAUGUAGAGGAGGAAUAUGAGGAACAAGCUGAGGCAGAGGAGGAGGAGGCUGCAGAGGAUGCAGGAGCAGGUAAAAUAAUAUCUCAUCAAGAGCCCAUGGUUCCACAACUUGCCCCUCCAAAGAUUCCAGAGGGUGAGCGGGUUGAUUUCGAUGAUAUUCACCGAAAAAGGAUGGAGAAGGACUUUCUGGAGUUACAGACUUUAAUUGAUGUCCACUUUGAGCAGAGGAAGAAAGAGGAGGAAGAACUGAUCGGUCUCAAGGAGAGAAUUGAGCGUCGGCGAGCAGAAAGAGCAGAGCAGCAGCGUGUUAGAGCAGAGAAAGAAAGAGACCGACAGACGAGGAUCGCGGAAGAGCGUCAGAGGAAAGAGGAUGAGGAGGCUAAGAAGAGAGCAGAAGACGAGGCCAAGAAGAAGAAGGUUUUGUCCAAUAUGGGGGCAAACUUUGGUGGCUUCUUAGCCAAGGCAGAGCAGAAACGUGGAAAGCGUCUUACUGGAAGAGAAGUCAAGAGAAAGACUCUUUCAGAGAGGCGCUCUCCUCUUGGCAUCGAAAAUCUGCGAGAGGAUGGGUUAAGGCAACGAGCUCAGGAGAUGUGGAACUGGAUUCACCAGCUGGAGUCCGAGAAGUUUGACCUCCUGGAUCAAAUGAAGAGACAGAAAUAUGAGAUUGUUGUUCUGUUGAACAGGAUUUCUCAUGCUCAAAAGUUCAAAAAAGGGCAUGGUAAAGGAAAGGUCGGAGGUCGCUGGAAAUAAGAAAUUGGAAAAAUAAUGAGAAGCCACCAUGGAUUUUGCUUUUGACUCUUCUGACAAUUUCACAGCCUGUGCAAAAGAAUAACAGUUCUGAAUGUAUAGAUUCAAAACUCCUCUCAAAUCUGAUGUGCUUGGAUUAGAUGAAUCACUUCUGUAUUAUUUUCAUUUGCAAGGAACUUUGGAUAAAAGCAUCUGCUAAAUUAAUAAAUGUAAAAAAAAAA